AUGGCAUACCGUGCAACAGCUCUCCUGGCCUUUUCUGGCCUUGCGUCUUUGAGCAACGCCAAACCCAUCCACCCCUACAGCUCUACCGUUUCCGGUCAUGGUUCUUACAGCGCAAUGACUUCAUCUUCUGGCUACUCUGCCUCUUCCUCCUACCAGAGCUUCCCCACCCAAGUCGCUUCCAGCAAAAACCUCCUCCUCAGCAACGGCUUCCCCAAUCUCUCUCCCUCUGCCCUCGCAGAUGUCAACAAUGCAGCCCACGGCACUCUCUCCAAUGCCUCUGCAGGCAACAUCUCCUUCCCCGCCGACUCGCUCACAAACUUCCAACUCAUCGCCUUCAACGAACUCUUCGAAGUUGCUUUCUUCACUUCUCUACUCACCAACAUCACCACCGGCGUCCCUGGCUUCGAAAUCCCAGCCCAUCUCAACUCUCUCUACAUAAUCGAUACCUUGAUCGCCGUCCAAGCCCAGGAAGAACUCCACGCCAUAAAUGCAAACACCAAACUCCCUACUCCCCUCCAAACCUGCCAGUACAAAUUUCCAACUGAGGACUUCGGAGAUGCUAUUGCUCUUGCUGCAACGUUUACCGAUGUUGUGCUGGGCACUUUGCAAGAUGUAUCCAUGAUCUUCUCUGCCGAUGGCAAGGCAGGAGUCGUCCAAGCUGUUGCAUCAGUCAUUGGUCAAGAAGGCGAGCAAAAUGGGUUUUACCGCUCCCUUGCAAACAAAAUCCCUUCUGCGCAGCCUUUCCUCACUGCUUCUGCGAGAGACUUUGCGUUCUCAGCUUUGAAUCAAAACUUUGUGAUCCCUGGAAGCUGCGAUAUUUCUGGAAUCGACCUCAAAGUAUUCGAGGUUUUGACCUUGGAGACUCCUAAUGUCGAGCUUGGCGAUCAGACUAUUAGUUUGUCGUUUGAUAUCAGCGAUUACCAUGGCAUAGCUGAAGAUCUGGAGUUUGUCUUGAUCAAUGGACAGAAUGUUCCUAUUGUCCAAGAACUCAAGAACGUCAAGCAGGAUGGAAAGAAAGUCACUUUUGAUGCUGACUUCUUGCAGCAGACGGAUCUGCUGUUUGGACUUACUAUUGGUGCUGUGGUUAGAAAGGGACAGCCUUUGGCGACUGUUGAGCAGGUUGCUGAUGCUGCUGUUUUCGGUCCUGCACUUAUUGAGGUUGCUUAG